AGAACCACAACUCAUUCGGUGAAGUGAGGUACAUGUUAUUGUACGCAAGUAUGAACGCACGCGAGCAAACGGUGUACAAAUAAAAAAUAUAAAAAAGCGUAUCCACAGAGACAAAGCGGACAUUGCAUAUAAAAUAAAAGUGCUUACUAUAGUUGCAUCUGCAAAUGCAGAAAGAAGAAGUGCUGAGUUCUGGAGGAAAAUAUUUGCCUUAAAAAAAUAAUACGGAGAAAAAGUGAAAUUCAGAAAGAAUUUAAUAAAACAAAAGUCUGUUAAAGUUUUUGUUAGUUUUCGUGCUUGCAACUAUACCCAUUGCGAAAUAAAUCGGAAAGAGAAGUUCUCUUAGUGAGAGUAAAGAAGCGAAAAACACAUUGCACAGCAGUGCAGCGGCGGAGGGUUGUGACAACGAGAGCACAAAACUUUCGAAACUUUCAAAAAGUAGUUCAAAGCGCAGGUUUCAAUAGUGUGCGAUUACUUUGGUCUAUCUUCUCUUGCUUAGCACCGAACUCGCAAAGCAGACGGCGUGCAACACUAGCAAAUAGCUAGCAGAAAAUAAUUUAGAGCGGAGAGUUCACUAAAUUAAAUAGCGUAUAAAGGUCGUUACCGGUUGGAUAACUUCAGAAACUUUGUGAAUUGUGAAUUAGUCAAAAGGAAAGAAAUAAAUCAGUGUGCAAAAAAUCGUUUAAAAAGUGAAAUAUACAUGUAUUUGAUGGAAUGUAGUGAUCUAUUUAGCAACAUACACGAGAAUACGACUACCCAAAAUAAACAGGAAGCAGCUAGAGGAAAGUUAUGAUAAAACAACAAAAUACCUUAAAUUUAAAUGUCCCCGAGGUACCUCUGCCAACUCGAGUUACGCCAACUAAUACAAUAUUAAUGCACCAAAAACCGUAACAGAACGCACCAAUAACAAAACAGAAAAUUUUGAAACAGCGCAAAACCCGUCUAGUGACAACGGAAGCGCAACAAAUUCACACACGCACACAUAUGAAUGUAUGUGCAUAAACUAAUAAUAAUUUUUAGCACGCGCGGAAAUACGAGUAUGUAUGUAUGUAUGUAGAGUAAGAUUCGUUCACUCUCGCUUGUGACAAAUUGCGCCAACAAAUUAAUGUUUUUAAAUACUCUCUAUCGAUCGAGAGUCAGAAUUAAUGUACAAUAACAAACACAUAAUUACCGUAUUAAUUUUGAGAUAGCGGAGAGUAGCUUCCAAUAAAUAACCGGCAAGCUAGCAUUGGAUGCGUCACUGAAACGCCCGGUGCAAGUUCUAUUCGAUUUGGGGUGCGUCAAGUGCUUUCUUAUCAACAAAAAGUAAAAAUUUCAAACAUUUAUAGAAAAACAAACACGUUAUUGUGCCUUCCGGUGGAAGUGGAUUUCAUAAUAGUUAUAAAUUCUCGGAAACCACCAUCUGAUACUUAAGAAACUCGGUCUAGUAAAGGUAACCCUCUACAUCAGACCUUGUCAAUCUCCAUUAACUAUGCAAGUAGAGUCGAGUUUUUUGAAAUACGCGGGUCGUGUGCCGCCGCUUGACCUCUCACAGGUCAGCACCAACUGUCGCAAUGAAAAUGAGUUGCAGCAUCUUUGGAGUAGCAAGGCGAACUCGCCGUCGAUGCUGAAACGGAACACAGCGUUAAGACAUCCCUACAUACAUCUGCCACAUACACCCGCGCACAGUCCUACCACGCCUGGUACCAAUGAUAAUAAUAGCAAAGGCAACAACGAUACCUACAUCAGUACUAAUAACAACAGAAAUAGUAAUUUUAACACAAUACUACCGCAUCAGCUGGGUUCCGACGGCCUGCCAUUAGACCCGCGCGAUUGGACACGCGCUGAUGUUUGGAAAUGGCUAAUUAAUAUGGCGCUGUCUGAGGGUCUGGAAGUGACGCCAGAGCUGCCGCAAAAGUUUCCGAUGAACGGCAAGGCGCUGUGUCUUAUGAGCCUGGACAUGUAUUUAUGCCGGGUGCCGGUCGGUGGUAAAAUGCUUUAUCGUGAUUUUCGCGUGCGAUUGGCGCGUGCCAUGGCGUUGCUUUCAUAAAUUCUGGGUAUUAGCAGAUGUAUAACUCGUGAAUUGGUAUCAGUUAUACGCAUCCACCCAUACACAUGUACAUAGGCAUACAUACUAUACAUAUAUGCAAAGAUAAAUAUUUGUAAGUAAGGUAAAUAUUGAAAAACAUCGCUGUCCUAUUAGUUUAAUGAGAAUUUAAGGCACAAUUCCUACUCGUAUUUUGAUAAUAGGUACUUGUUUUAUAUUUUAUAUAUUGUUAUAUGUAAUAAGUUCAAAAGUAAGUAGUUUUGUUAAUUAGAAAAUUUCAAAGUUAGAAAUAAAAAAGAAGGAAUAUGAAAUUAUACAAUUUUCAAAUAAAUAAAAUUGGUUCCUAAAAAGAAGACACACACAUUAAAAGGAAAAACUUUUAACUUUUUGUGGAU